CACCAGACCAACAACGUCUGAUCUUUGCCGGAAAACAACUAGAAGAUGGACGUACAUUGUCUGACUACAAUAUCCAAAAAGAAUCUACUCUUCACUUAGUGUUGCGUCUCCGUGGUGGUAUGCAAAUCUUCGUUAAGACUCUAACAGGAAAGACCAUUACAUUGGAAGUAGAAUCAUCUGAUUCCAUUGAAAAUGUGAAGGCCAAGAUCCAAGACAAAGAAGGUAUCCCACCAGACCAGCAACGUUUGAUCUUUGCCGGAAAACAACUAGAAGAUGGACGUACAUUGUCUGACUACAAUAUCCAAAAAGAAUCUACUCUUCACUUAGUGUUGCGUCUCCGUGGUGGUAUGCAAAUCUUCGUUAAGACCCUAACAGGAAAGACCAUUACAUUGGAAGUAGAAUCAUCUGAUUCUAUUGAAAAUGUGAAGGCCAAGAUCCAAGACAAAGAAGGUAUCCCACCAGACCAGCAACGUUUGAUCUUUGCCGGAAAACAACUCGAAGAUGGACGUACAUUGUCUGACUACAAUAUCCAAAAGGAAUCUACCCUUCACUUAGUGUUGCGUCUCCGUGGUGGUAUGCAAAUCUUCGUUAAGACCCUAACAGGAAAGACCAUUACAUUGGAAGUAGAAUCAUCUGAUUCUAUUGAAAAUGUGAAGGCCAAGAUCCAAGACAAAGAAGGUAUCCCACCAGACCAACAACGUCUGAUCUUUGCCGGAAAACAACUAGAAGAUGGGCGCACACUGUCUGACUACAACAUCCAAAAAGAAUCUACCCUUCACUUGGUAUUGCGUCUCCGUGGUGGUAUGCAGAUCUUUGUUAAGACCCUCACUGGAAAGACCAUUACUUUGGAAGUAGAAUCAUCUGAUUCUAUUGAAAAUGUGAAGGCCAAGAUCCAAGACAAGGAAGGUAUCCCACCAGACCAACAACGUUUGAUCUUUGCCGGUAAACAACUCGAAGAUGGACGCACACUAUCUGACUACAAUAUCCAAAAGGAAUCUACCCUUCACUUGGUAUUGCGUCUCCGUGGUGGAUCUCAAUAAUUUUAACAUGAUUUAAUCAUUCUAGUUUAUUCAAAAUGUGAAACAAAACAUGUUUUCAAAAUUUUAAAUAUUCCUAAUUUCAAAAAGCAUUGUUUUUUUUAUUUUUAUUGCUGUUUCAUCUCAACUAUUAUAAUAACACAUCAUAAAAUAUGAAAUCUAAUAAAAGAUAAUUUUACUAUUCAA